GAGAGAUAAAUUACACGCAAGCAUAUUCCAAAACUGCAAAACCUAACGGUCCACGCGUUGAAACGCCCCCCCGGGCUUCGAUGCCAUUUCCCACUUUCCUGAGUUUCCUCUCUACCCUUUUCUUUGAUCUCGUCCUCUUUGAUUGGCAAUAUUAUCGCGGAAAUCGGUAUCGGGGAACCGGGCGAAAUUCAUAUCGCAUUAAUUGAAUGAUUGAUUUAUUGACUUAAGUUUUGAUAUUAGAUUCUGGUUGAUAACGAAGUUCUGAUGAACCUUUCUGAGCUUUCAAUUUUAUGUGAAUGAGACUGGAGGUUCGUCGAAAUGAGCUCGCAGAGGCAUCAGGUGACGGCUCGGGAACUCUUCGGGGAGGGCAAGAAGCCGUUUGUGGUCCUGGCCAUAUGCGUCGCCGGAUUGUCAUACCUCAUGUCCUUGACAAGCCCCUCAAUUUGGGUCAACUUGCCUGCUGCCGCCUCCUUAAUUAUUGGCUUGCGUUAUAUAUCUUUGGAUUUCGACAUGCGGAGAAAAGCUGCAGCAUACAACAGCAAUCCAUCCUCAGCAAAUACUCUUCCUCCAAAGAUUCCUCUUGAAUUACCUAAAAAUGUUGAAAAGUCUGAAUGGAGAAGCAAAGUGAAUUCUCCUGUUGUUGAGGAUGCAAUAGAUCACUUCACAAGACAUCUGGUUUCUGAGUGGGUUACAGAUUUCUGGUACUCUCGCUUGACACCUGAUAAAGAGGGUCCGGAGGAACUGUUGAACAUCAUGAAUGGGGUUCUUGGGGAAAUUUCUGCACGCAUUAGGAAUAUAAAUUUAAUUGAUCUACUGACAAGGGACCUUAUUAAUCUUGUUUGCAUUCACUUGGAGCUUUUUCGUGCAACUCAAGUGAAGAUUGAAAAGCAACAUUCAGGAUUGCUAACAAUCGAACACCGAGAAAUAGAACUAAGACGCAUCCUGGCUAAUGAGAACAAAUUGCACCCAGCUCUGUUUUCGCCUGAAGCUGAGCACCAGGUUUUGCAGCAUCUGAUGGAUGGUCUUAUUUCUUUUACAUUCAAGCCUGAAGAUCUGCAGUGCCUUCUCUUCCGUUAUAUAGCCAGAGAGCUUCUAGCUAGUGCAGUAAUGCGACCUGUCCUAAACCUAGCAAGUCCGAGGUUUAUGAAUGAAAGAAUUGAGUCCUUAGUCCUUAAUAUGAGCAAAGCAAAAAAGGGAGCUUUGACAGUAGAAGGGGCAUCUCAGACUAGAUCAGAUGAGCCUUCAAGGAUUUCAUCUGACCAUUUUUCUAGAUUCUUGGAUCCUACUGUUACUGGUGUUGAACUUGUGCCGUUAAAAAAUAAUCAGUCUAGAACCACUACUAAUGCAUCAUUAACAGAUCAUGUGAAUGGAAAUAAAGAUGCACUGCUUUCCCUUGAUCCUCAAUCAACCCGUUCAUGGGACUCAUUGCCCUUCAACUUCCAAACAUGUGAUGAGAGAGGUAUUCAGCGGCAUUGCUCAGGAGGAGAAUUGGGAGACACGUUAGAUCUGAUUUCCUGCAGAAAGGAUCAAGCCCUUACUCCUGAACAUUUUGAGAACACGAGGACAAAUGGGAAAGACUAUAGAAAGAAGGAAGGUGAAAAUCGGGUAAUUGAGCAAGUAUCACAAGCAGGGAAGUCUGUUAAAGUGGAUCAUUCAAGGGCAAUAUCCAAAUCGAAAGAGAACAACACUGUAACCAAGGUUAAUCACUCUGAUAGUACUGCUGUUCACUUUGGAUGUACUGAUCAGCUUUCUGUAGAAAGCUCAUCAUGCCCUACAAAUCGGAACAUAUCAAGUCACUCUUCAUUUAUUUCAUUUGAAGAAGAUGAAAAGCACAACACCACGCAUUUGGAGGAGGUUGAAUCAGGGAGCAGUACUUCUUAUACGUCAGAAGAUGAAGAAAGUAGCAACGUAACAGGCCUUGAUUCUCCUGGAACUAAAGUAUGGGAUGGUAGAGGUAACAGAAAUCUGGCUCUUUCUCACAUUCAUCACCCACUUGAGAAUUCUGAAGGCCUUAUGGCAAAGAAGACUGGUAAAGGGCAUAUUCACUAUCGAAGAUUAGCUAGAACCCCAUCCGGUCUUAAAAGGUCUAGACUAAGCAGUCAUAAAACACACAUUUGGCAGGAGGUUGAGAGAACAAGCUUCUUGUCUGGUGAUGGACAGGAUUUACUUAGUUCUGCCAAAGGAUAUGCAAAUGCUGAGGACUCUAGCGAUGACUGUGAGAAUGAAAAUUUGGGUAGAGUUCAAAGUGGAGCAGCUGCUUCUUCAUCUGUGCUUCCUAUACCAGAAAGUCAUAGUUUUACUGUCAGUUCUCUGCAAGAUACGCUGGCGGUGGCUUCAUUUUUUAAGUUGAGAUUAGUUCAUUUGCUGUUGCAGGUAUUGGGUGCAAACAUUGUGAAGAGUGGCUCAAAAACAUUUGCUGUUUAUUCAAUAUCUGUUGCAGAUGUAGAUAAUAACAGUUGGUCAAUCAAAAGAAGGUUUCGUCACUUUGAGGAGCUUCAUCGGCGUUUGAAAUAUUUUCCAGAGUAUAAUCUUCAUUUGCCACCAAAGCAUUUUCUAUCAACAGGUUUAGACGUACCUAUCAUUCAAGAAAGGUGUAAAUUGCUUGACAAGUAUUUAAAGAAUCUCAUGCAGCUUCCAAGAAUUUCAGGAUCAAUUGAAGUUUGGGAUUUUCUCAGUGUUGACUCCCAGACUUAUCUAUUCUCAAAUUCCUUUUCUAUAAUUGAAACUUUGUCAGUUGACCUAGAGGAUAAGCCAUCAGAAAAGAGUAAAAAGCUUCCAAAGUUUCUUGGACCUACGAUUGUGAGAGAAGAUUUGGGCAUUGAAAAUAAGGAGUCCAUGUUCCCGAUGAAGAAUAAUUUUGUGACAGAUGGGGGAUCAAAUGCAAAAGAUACUAGGCAACAAAACUAUGCAUCUUCUCCCUCAAGCUUGGAGAACACUGUAAAAGGAAGAGAUGAUAAUGGUUCAUCUGAGUUGCUUCAUGAUGCUGCUGCUGACCCAUUCCUUCCUACAGAGUGGGUGCCAACAAAUUUAAGUGUCCCCAUAUUAGAUUUGGUAGAUGUCAUCUUCCAACUUCAAGAUGGUGGAUGGAUCAGGCGAAAGGCAUUUUGGGUGGCCAAACAGAUACUACAACUAGGAAUGGGUGAUGCCUUUGAUGAUUGGUUAAUAGAGAAAAUCCAGCUUCUGCGUAAGGGAUCUGUUAUUGCUUCAGGGAUCAGGCAGGUUGAGAAGAUUCUCUGGCCUGAUGGAAUAUUCAUAACCAAGCAUCCUAAGCAUCGACCACCGCCACCUGUUAACCCAUCCCAGAAUACAACUAUUGACCAACAACGCUCAGGGAUAUCUCCACCUAUACUCACCUAUGAGCAACAACAGGAGGCAGUUCGGCGUGCAAAGUUUGUUUAUGAGCUAAUGAUUGACAAUGCUCCGGCUGCCAUCAUAGGUCUUGUUGGUCGUAAAGAGUAUGAACAGUGUGCAAAGGAUCUCUAUUUCUUUAUUCAGUCACCCGUUUGUUUGAAGCAACUCGCUUUUGACCUUUUCGAGGUGCUGCUUUUGUCUGCAUUUCCGGAGUUAGAUUAUGUUUUCAAGCAGUUGCAAGAAGAACGACAUAAAUUUGUUGAAUCUGAGGGAAAUUAAUGGAAAUUUCAGAUCUGCUUUCCCCCACCCACACCAUGUAGCCAUGAUAUUAGUACAAAUAUAUCUUUUAGAAAACUAUCCUUAUAUCACAAAAUUUCUGGAAAAUUCGGUAGUCUCGGUGUGGGAGGUACGGUCCAUCUAUCAGGGGAGCCCACACGGAUUGCGCAAGGAGUCUUCACCAGACUUUACGAGUCACACCCCUAUUUCCAAUCAGCAAUGGGCCAAUGGCAGGGGUUUCAAAUCCCCAAGUGAGGCUGCAAUAUUCUUCAUCAACAAGCAGAACAAUAUCUCCUCAAGACCUCGUUUCAGAUAAAACUUAGCUUAUUCAAAUAAACGGACUGUUGUGAUAUACGUGUAAUAACGAGGCAUUCAGGAUGCAUUGGCCUUGAUACAAUCCUUCCUAAUACGAGCACUGAGAAAUUGAGGUUGUUUAA